CAGUGCUCUGCUCAGUCGGUGCUUGAAAGUUCGCGAAAAACUCGCAUCCACUUCGGAUUUAGACCAUCGUGAGAAGUGAACUAACUACGAGACAACUCCACUGAUAGUAUCUGAAGAAUUCUAACUUUUAUAAAAGUGGCUUCACGUCAUCCGACUAUAUUAUCAAGGCAUUAUGCUCUUGGACAACGAUGCAGGUGACAAGAAAAGAAAGGACAUCUUGGGCCAAAAUGAGAGCAAUUUUAUCAAUCUCGGCGAAGAAGAUGAAAUGGAAGUGUAUGGCUACGAGAAAUCUGCACUAUCAACAGCCAUGAUGUGGGUGGUGAUUAUCAUGACACUUGGAUUGUUCAGACUGCUAUUGCAUUGGUACCCCGAGUGGAUGCUCUACAUAUCUCACAAACGAUGCCCGCUCGAAAAAGCUGAUAAAGUACUUGUGGUGGAUACAUAUGAAAAACGUUUCAAAUCACUGUUUAUAAGAGAAGUCAAAACGCUUUCAGUUUCUGGAUUCAAUGAAGGUAAACGAGGCAACCAGGUUUCUGUCAAUCAAGAAGUUGACAAAAGAUGUCUGGAAGCACAUUUGAAUAAUGGAUCGUCAAAAGUUAUUACAUCCGUCCAAGCGAUUUGGGUGAAAAAGUUGUGCUACAUCUGGGAUGACGAGAGAAAAAGUUUUAUGAAAUUGGUUGGCUUGGAUAGAGGACAAACAAGAGCGCAACUCCACUCCUACACUGGAUUUUCGAGAGAAAAUCAAUUAUUAAGGAGUAUAUUAUACGGGAGAAAUGAGAUCCUAGUUCAGAUACAAAGCAUACAAGCUCUGAUUGUCCUGGAGGUGCUGAAUCCUUUCUACAUAUUCCAAGUAUUCACAAUUUGUGUUUGGCUGGCAGAGAAUUACUACUAUUACUGUUUCGCGAUCAUAAUCAUGUCUUUGUUUGGUGUCUCUUCGGCUGUCAUUCAGACCAGACAGAACCAGAAAAAUCUGCACAAGACUGUGCAAUCAUCUGGGACAAUAACAGUGUGUAGAGGGCCAAAUGAAUAUGAGGAGAUACCGACUACUGAUCUGGUUCCAGGGGAUGUGAUUGUGAUUCCUUCGCAGGGCUGUGUUAUGCAUUGUGACGCCGUUCUCUUGGUUGGAUCCUGCAUCGUAAAUGAAAGCAUGCUAACAGGAGAAAGUGUACCGGUGAUGAAAACUGCUCUACAAAAUGAGCCAAGCUUGUACAACGAAAAAGAGGAUUCGAACCAUACGCUGUUCUGUGGAACGCGAGUGCUGCAGAUCAAAUGGCAUGGCGCGGGUAGAGUGCACGCCGUUGUCCUGCGCACCGGCUUCCUCACGGCAAAAGGCAACCUGGUUCGCUCCAUUCUCUACCCACCACCGGCCGACUACAAGUUCGAUUCACAAACUUACAAGUUCAUCUGGAUUCUAGCCGCCAUUGCUCUGCUAGGCCUCAUCUAUACUGUUGUUACAAAGAGUAGCCGUGGAUUGCAGCCAGUGGACAUUCUGAUAAAAGCAUUGGACAUAAUCACAAUAGUGGUGCCGCCAUCUCUGCCGGCCGCCAUGACAGUGGGAAAACUGUAUGCUCUUAGUCGAUUGAGAAAGCAGAAGAUUUCCUGCAUCAAUUCUCGAGUCAUCAAUGUGUCUGGUUCGAUCAAUUGCAUCUGUUUUGAUAAGACGGGCACGUUGACUGAAGAUGGGUUGGACAUGUGGGGAGUUGUGCCCGCUGAUGGAGGCCAAUUCGCUGCACCUUUAAAUGACACCUCGCAGCUUUGCAAUGGUCCACUCUUGUAUGGCAUGGCCUCCUGUCAUUCUCUCACCAUCAUAAAUGGACAACUUUCUGGAGAUCCAUUGGAUGUUAAGAUGAUGGAAUCAACGAAAUGGAUAUUCGAGGAAAUAGAUGUAUCAGAUAUAUCGCCAACUCCGUACAUUCCAGCUCAUGCAAUUGUGAGGCCACCAGGAAAAUCUCCGAAUACUAAUAUGGAGAUAGCAUUGAUUCAUCAGUUCCAAUUCUCCUCAACUUUGCAAAGAAUGAGUAUUGUAACGAAAACAGUAGGAUCCGAUGACCUUGUGGUCUACUGCAAAGGAUCUCCUGAGAUGAUACAGUCACUGUCUUUGCCCGAAUCUGUUCCUGCAAACCUGGCAUCAAUCUUGCAAACCUAUACCGAACAAGGCUACAGAGUGAUAGCGCUGGGAGAGCGGAGAUUAAAAGACAUGGAUCAUGCCAAGUUGCAGACAAUGCACAGAAAUGAUUUGGAAAAAGAGUUGAUUUUUUGUGGUCUCAUAAUACUUGAGAAUAGACUUAAAUCAAAAACUAUUAGUAUUAUUGAUGUCUUGAAAAAGGCACAAAUGAAAAUCGUCAUGGUUACAGGGGAUAACAUACUGACUGCAGUGAGUGUUGCUAAGGAAUGUGGAAUAAUUUCUAGUAAUGAAGCGGUUAUCGAAGUUGUGGCUGAGCUUGAAGACAUGAAAGCUGAACCAACUAUUUCAUUCAUUAAUAGCAUGUCACUUUCAGUGCCUGCUCGAGCAUCAGAAUCAAACGGAUCAGAGAAACAUACUGAUUACGAGUUGGGCCUGUCCAUGGGAAAUACGUUGAAUUAUCGACUGGCUGUCACUGGAAAGUCUUGGGGAAUAAUCAGGGAGAUGAGGCCUGAUCUGAUCCCGAAGUUGUGUGUCAGAGGUGCAGUGUUUGCUAGAAUGAGCUCUGAUCAGAAACAACAGCUAAUUCAGGAUCUCCAACAACUUGGAUAUUUUGUUGCAAUGUGUGGAGACGGUGCCAAUGAUUGUGGCGCUCUGAAAGCGGCUCACACGGGAAUUUCACUGUCAGAAGCCGAGUCAUCGGUGGCGUCACCGUUCACAUCACAAGUGGCUGACAUCUCAUGUGUGCCCACGGUCAUUCAAGAGUGCAGAGCGGCUCUCGUCACUUCGUUCGGAGUUUUCAAGUUCAUGGUGCUCUACAGCUUGACAGAGUUCUUGUCAACUAUUAUACUAUACAGUAUAGACAGUAAUCUAACACAAAAUCAGUUUUUGUUCAUAGAUAUUUGUCUUAGUUUGAACUUUGCACUUUCGUUCGGACGGAAUCCAGCUUAUUCUGGUCAGUUAGUUGCUGCCGUUCCUCUAACUAGUGUAUUCUCAACCAUUGCUCUCACUUCGAUCACAAUGCAAGUUGUUAUAAUGCUCGCAUUCCAAUGUCUUUCUUUUUAUCUGGAAAAUAUAGAUUGCAUUAGAAAAGGAAUUGAGUUACAGAAUCUAUGAAUGGAGUUACAUGUAAAUAGAUUGAGGAUAGAAAUGUAUUUUAUAUCAAUUAGAGGACCAUAUUAAUGCUUUUUGAGAGAAAACUAUCAAUUUUCAAUUCAUGAAGGUUUAUUUUGUGCAUUGAACUUUUUUUAAGAUUUUUGAUAUAUAGAGAAAUUAUUGUUCUAUUACAUUUUUUUAAUGUACUGGAAGUAUCGAGAAUGUUAUUCGAACUUUCAAGACUGUCUGUGAUAGUAUAUACUUUAAUCAUAACAAUUGAUGAAAAAAAUGUUAUUUUAAUUGAGAAUAUAUUAUAUUGAUUUAGAUUAAAUUUGAUAUUCUCUAGCAUUACAUAAUAUAUUUAGAUUAGAUUUUAUAGCAAAAUGGAGUUUUCGAUGAGAAUUGAACAUUGAAAAUGUGUCAUAGUAUUAAUAUUUUAUAAUAAAAUGUGAUUCAAGA